AUGGGUGGAGAAAGGGUCAAGAGGGGGAUAGAGAGAGCGAUGAUAGUGAUUGAGAGGAGUGGAGGUGAUGGAGCUUGUAGUGGAGACAGAGAGAGAGGUUUGUUUGGUCUUUCUGCGCUUUGGCGUGGAGAAACCUGUAGUGGACAAAGCUGGCAGCUGUCACUCAAACAGACUGACAGACUGACAGACAGGGUGGAGUGAAUGUCAAGAAACAAAAUGUCAUUAACUCAUAAGCUUGUCUGACAAUACACACACAUACCUUAAAACACUAAUAAAAAUGCUCUCACCACCACACACACCCACGCAAUACACCCACGCAUAUUCACACACACACACACACACAAUUAAGAACUCCAGUGGCCUGACAGGGUCUCCAGUCAGCAGAUUGUCAUUUAGCAAGCGGGGUAGCAGUAUGUGUGUGAGUGUGUGUGUGUGUGUGUGUGUGUGUGUGUGUGUGUGUGGGGAAGGUAUGUCAUCGAUCCUCAGAAUAAAUGCACUCGCAGUGACAGGGCCCAAACGAGACCACACAUACUGACAGUGUAUUGCUUUGUUUUACAGAGACAAGAGAGGACCGCACUAAGAGACUGUUCAGACACUACACUGUGGGAUCUUACGACAACCUCUCCUCAUACAGGUAAGACGUGCAUACACACACACUAUGUGAUGUGAUGCUACUUCCAUCUAGUGGUGAGACAGUGUCAGUGCAUUCUGCUUGCAUGAGUCCUACUCUCAACCCAGGCCUCGUACAAAACUCCCAUCACUGAAACAUUCCCUUUGUGUAUGCGUGUGGAUGAGUCUCUCUCCCUCUCGUCAUUUGUCCCCCUCUCUUUGAAAUGUAUUUUAUAUGACAUCAAUCAGUAAUAAAGGAGAGUGUGAGUGCUCACUCCCAUGUAAAUCAGAUGUACAGGCUAAGAGAGGACAGCAGAACAGUAGCUGCUAUAGGACUGUGUGCUGAAGUAAAUUCACUCUAAAUGUCAGAGACAGCUUGUCAGGAGAGAGGUGCUUUUUAUCAGAGUGUUGUUUCCCCUCACCUUUCCAGAGAGGUAGGGGGGGGAGAGAGGAAAGAGAGAGAGAUGGAGAGAGAGCGUGCCUGCACGAGAGAGAGAGAGCAGUUUAUGAAGAGUGUGUGAGAGCUAAAGCAGCAGAGCUGGCUCUGAAUAGGAUAGAAUGUCAAAGCUCUUGAAUGGAAUAUGGAAUGGAGUUGUAUGUGAAUGGAAGUCUUUGGUAUGCCACUGUGAAUGGCUACUUUUAGGGUUUAUGGAAUGUUAUUAUAGGUAAGACUGUAAUUACAUUAUUGAAUAUGAUUGUGCUACAUUGGAUGCUUAUUUGAAGAUGAAUUUAUAGAAUAUAUUUUCUAAAUGCCUGAGUAGUGCUGAAUAUUAACAGGAGUUCAUGGAAUAUAAUUGUGAAUGCAACAUUAGAGAGAUUGAAAGCAUGGUUGGUUGAAUGGAAACAUAAAGCUAUUCUGUAGCUAUGGAGGGGAAAAUUUAGAGCUGGUUGGAUAUGCAGGAUGUAGGCUAAGAGAGGGGGAGGAGAGAAAGAGAUGUUUAACUGUAUUUACAAACCCCAUAUAUAUCCACACACAUAUUAAGCAAGUCCUCUAGUUAAAUUGUAUCUCUGCAACCUCUGCCCCCUGACACAGGAGAGUUUCUCAGGGGUCUCCAGGCCCUGUCAGCAGGGGCUCUGUCUACCCGGGGUAAGUGGCUGGGCAGUUGGCGUGGCUAACAGCUAACACAUGACCAAACUCCAGGUCUCCCAUGCCAGUGUGUGUAGUGUUCAAUUCACUAACUGUAUGGGCUGUCUGGUGUCAGCAGUGGGAUCUGACAGUCAGUCAACAGAAUAUUGGUGUUGCUGAGAAUGGGACAUGAUGCUGCCUUUUACUGUGUGGCUAGAAUGUCUCUGGGAAUACCUUAGUUUUUGAGCAUUGAAUUGUGUGGUUUGAAUUGACACACACACUCAAGUGACGACACUCAUUAGUAAUGAGAAUUUUAUACACUGAAAAAAAUAUAUAAACGCAACCUGCAACAAUUUCAAAGAUUUUACUGAGUUACAGUUCAUAUAAGGAAAUCAGUCAAUUGAAAUACAUUCAUUAGGCCCUAAUCUAUGGAUUUCACAUUACCGGGAAUACAGAUAUGCAUCUGUUGGUCACAGAUACCUUAAUAAAAAGGUAGGGGCGUGGAUCAGAAAACCAGUCAGUAUCUGGUGUGACCACCAUUUGCCUCAUGCAGCACGACACAUGUCCUUCGCAUAGAGUUGAUCAACCUGUUGAUUGUGGCCUGUGGAAUGUUGUCCUACUCCUCUUCAAUGGCUGUGCGAAGUUGCUGGAUAUUGGUGCGAACUGGAACAUGCUGUCGUACACAUUGAUCCAGAGCAUCCCAAACAUGCUCAAUGGGUGACUGGUGAGCAUGCAGGCCAUGGAAGAACUGGGACAUUUUCAGCUUCCAGGAAUUGUGUACAGAUCCUUGUGACAUGGGGCUGUGCAUUAUCAUGCUGAAACAUGAGGUGAUGGCGGUGGAUGAAUGGGCCUCAGGAUCUCCUCACGGUAUCUCUGUGCAUUAAACAUUGACAUCAGCAAACCGCUCGCCCACACGACGCUGUCUGCCAUCUGCCCGGUACAGUUGAAACCGUGAUUAAUCCGUGAAGAGCCCACUUCUCCAGUGUGACAGUGGCCAUCGAAGGUGAGCAUUUGCCCACUGAAGUCAUUUACGAUGCCGAACUGCAGUCAGGUCAAGACCCUGUUGAGGACAACGAGCAUGCAGAUGAGCUUCCCUGAGACGGUUUCUGACAGUUUGUGCAGAAAUUAUUUGGUUGUGCAAACCCACAGUUUCAUCAGCUGUCCGUGUGGCUGGUCUGAGACGAUUCCGCAGGUGAAGAAGCCGGAUGUGGAGGUCCUGGGCUGGCAUGGCUACACGUGGUCUGCGGUUGUGAGGCCGGCUGGACAUACUGCCAAAUUUGCUAAAACAAGGGUGUCAAACUCAUUCCAUGGAGGGCCUAGUGUCUGAGGGUUUUUGUUUUUUCCUUUCAAUUAAGACCUAGACAAGCAGAUGAGGGGAGUUCCUUACUAAUUAGUGACCUUAAUUCAUCAAUCAAGUACAAGGGUGGAGCGAAAACCCGCUGACACUCAGCCCUACGUGGAAUGAGUUUGACACGUGCGGCUUAUGGUAGAGAAAUUAACAUUAAAUUCUCUGGCAACAGCUCAGGUGGACAUUCCUGCAGUCAGCAUGCCAAUUGCACACUCCCUCAAAACUUGAGACAUUGUGGCAUUGUGUUGUGACAAAACUGCACAUUUUAGAGUAGCCUUUUAUGGUCUCCAGCGCAAGUGCACCUCUGUAAUGAUAAUGCUGUUAAAUAAGCUUCUUGAUAUGCCACACCUGUCAGAUGGAUGGAUUAUCUUGGCAAAGGAGAAAUGCUCACUAACAGGGAUGGAAACACAUUUGUGCACAGAUUUCUUUGAGAAAUAUGCUUUCUGUGCGUGUGGAAAAGUUCUGGGAUCGUUUAUUUCAGCUCAUGAAACAUGGGACCAACACUUUACAUUUUGCGUUUAUAUUUUUGUUCAGUGUAUUUCUCAGCAAGCACACACUCAACCUCCUCCUCUUCUUCCUGAAUGGGAGAGGCUGAGUCCUCUGUUUCCUUGGAAUUUCAGAUAUUAGGAGGGAACACACACUGGUGAUGAAAAGCUUGCAUUAUACACACUUACCCUGCAUCUGCUAGUACCACCCUGUACACACACAUACACAAGUAAGUACUGUACAGCCCCAAGAGAACCCUAAGCUAGGCUUUUAAGUUGAUUGGGUAAUCAGAGAAGUAGGUUCAGGUGUGUUUGUGUGUGUUUAUUUGCAAGGCCAUUGGGUUACUCUCUCCCUACAUCGCCUCCCACUCCUCUCUGCUCCCUCUUCUCCACCCCCUUCUCUCACCUUCCAUCUUUCUCAUUGUCCAUCUCCAUCUUCUCCCAUCCUUUUCUCUACCAUCCCUGGCUCUCUCUCUGCUCUCUCCUUCCCCCUCUCCUUCAUUCUCUCCUGUCUCUUCUCUCAGUGAGUAUGUUGCAGGACUCUUACCUGCUGUCCCUCUCCUCUCUGCUCUCCAGUGAUUACAUCAUAGAGGAGAAGAAUGCUAUGCUGCAGAAGAAAGAAAACGAAGGCUUCGGCUUCGUCCUGCGGGGAGCCAAAGGUAGGAAACACACCUUCACGAGUUCCGGCUUCUUGCCAUCAGACGAACAUGUCGGAAGGGGUAGUAGUUGAUAGAGUUUGGUAUAAGGGUUUUGGCAUGGAUGGUAGUCGGGGCACAACUAUGUCUGUGCUGAGCCUGCUGGCAGGGCCAACUCCAGCCGUAAGCCCACCAUUGUGAAGGAAGCCUGGAGGGUGCAGACGAUGGAUAGGCCAGCUCCUGGUCGUGGACCAAUGUUUACCUGGCCCGCCAUUGUGCAGGAUACCUGGAGGGUGACGCGAUGUGGCGGCAGUUUAAUUGCUUUGCAUGCACUGCAUUACGGCCUGUUUGUCAGGCAGAAGUACAAAGGCGUGAAGAAGGAUGCUGUUUAAAUGCUAUGAGGGUGGUUGAUGAAGCAAUUGGAUUCAAGUGAGUGAGACUGGCUUGUGGCUAAUGAAGAUUGGAUGCAGGUGAGCAAAUUGGCAUGUUACGGUUAAAUGUCCAUAUGUGGAGUUCCUUGCAGAUUGGCUGCAUUCCAAUAUGAGUGUCUGGGCCCACUUAUGGAGUGCCUGCACAAGGGGCUGCAUUCCAAUAUGAAUGUCUGUGCCCAUGUAUGAAGUUCUUGCUUUGGCCACAUUCCAAUAUGAAAGUCUGACCCCAUAUAUGGAGUUCCUGCUCUAAGGCUGCGUUCCAGUGCAGAAGAACUAGCCCAUAUAUGGAAGUUCCUGUUGUGGAUUACAUAUGUCCUCUGAAGCUUAAAGCUCUCCUCCUGAAACUGCGUUAUAAACUAAACACACACACACACAUACCUUUGUUAAUUAAUCAGGUGUUUUAGUGCUUGGCCACAAGACUGGAACAGACAACUUCUCUCUAUAUACCUCCACGACCAGCCUGGAGUGACAAACACACUUUUCACAAAAUUCGACUUUAUACCUUAUUACUAAAGCAGGCUGUCUGAAUCACUGUCACUGCUGCGUCCAAGGCCCUGCUACUAUCUUCUAGGGAUUCACCGAUAUGCAUCAGUCCCCGGAUCAAAUGUUUAAGAUAUGAGUGGAUGGGUCCACGAGACCCCAAACCGAUCCAAAUGUAGCAUGCAUCGGUCAGAAAUCGAUUAAAACGUUUGCAUUAUGGAGGGCGCUAGUGAGCAAGCCAUGGAGUAGGUCACGUUUUUCCAAAAACCUUGCGUCAUUGUGGCUAAACAACACUACUAUCAGUAUUGUACAGCUGGUUGCUCGGUCACUUUUGCAAGCUGGAAUGUUAAAUCUUUAAAUCACCCAGUGAAACGUAAAAAGGUUAUUUCUCAUUUAAUCACGUUAAAGUAGGUAUCGCCUUUCUUCAAGAGACACAUUUCCUCACUUUCGACCACUCUCAUUUAAAAGGAGGGUGGAUCGGUCAAUCAUAUCAUUCCAAUUUUAAUUCUAAAACUAGAGGUAGCAGCCAUCUUAAUUAGUAAAAACAUACCGUUCGCAAUGUCAAGUGUAGAGACAGACUCAGCAGAACGUUUCAUUAUUGUAGUAGGAAGACUGUAUAAUACACCUGUUAUCUUGGCUAACAUUUAUGCACCAAACUGGGAUAACAGUUCAUUCUUCACAAAUGUAUUUUCUCGAUUACCAAAUAUGGACACACACCACCUAAUACUAGGUGGUGAUAUGAAUUGUGUACUGUCGCCCAAUCUGGAUCGUAGCUCUCCUAAGGUAUCAUCUUCAUCAAAGACAGUAUCCACAAUUCAGCUAUUUCUUCAGACAUAUGGCAUAUCUGAUGCGUGGCAUUUCCGCAAUCCCACAGCUAGGGAGUAUUCUUUUUUCUCACCAGUUCAUAAGACCUUCUCACGUAUAGACUAAUUUUUCCUAGACAAUAGAUUUCUGCCACUUAUCACGGAGUGUGAUUACCAAGCUAUAGUCAUUUCGGAUCAUUCUCCUCUUACUAUUACAUUUUAGACAUUUAGCAGACGCUCUUAUCCAGAGCGACUUACAGUUAAGUGAGUGCAUACAUUUUCAUACUGGCCCCCCGUGGGAAUCAAACCCAUGACCCUGGCGUUGCAAACGCCAUGCUCUACCAGCUGAGCUACAUCCCUGCCGGCCAUUCCCUCCCCUACCCUGGACAACGCUGGCUAAUUGUACGCCGCCCCAUGGGUCUCCCGGUCGCGGCCGGCUACAACAGAGUCUGGAUUCGAACCAGGAUCUCUAGUGGCACAGCUAGCACUGCGAUGCAGUGCCUUACACCACUGCGCCACUCGGGAGACUAUUAAACUACUUAUACCAAAUACACAGCCUAAUUAUCGCCCUUGGCGGCUUAACUCACUACUGCUAUCAGAAGAAACCUUUGUUGCUUUUAUAUCAUCUCAAAUUGAGCUAUUUCUCUAGCUUAAUCAAACCGCUGGAAUGUCUCCUACAACAGUAUGGGAAUCAAUGAAGGCUUAUCUAAGGGGCCAAAUUAUUUCGUACAGCGCAAGAUUAAGGAAGUGCAAUAUUCAAAGCCUAGGGGAACUUACAAAUAUAAUCUUGGAUUUGGAUAUGACAUAUUCACUCUCUUGAGCUGCAGAUUUACUAAAACAACAAUUGACACUUCAUGCAGAGUUUGAUCUUCUUUCAACUCAUCAAGCUGAAAAUCUAAUUAGUAAAUCUCGAUACAAAAAUUAUGAACAUGGAGAGAAAUCAGGGAAAAUUCUAGCACACCAGCUGUGUCAGAGAACCACAAAUCAAACCAUACCUGAGAUAACUGACGAGCUGUGUAACAAAUGUAUUGAUCAUUUAGAGGUAUAGCUGCUGAAUUAGAAGAACAGUUCUCUGUAGAAGAGAUUGUGUUGGCAAUUAAAUCUAUGCAGUGUGGUAAAUCCCUUGGACCCGACGGAUUUCCGAGCAAAUUCUUUAAAAAAAAUUCUGAUCAACUCUCACCUCUCUUGCUUUCCAUAUUUGAGGAAUCAUUCUCCUCAAACUCUUUACCCUCAACAAUGAGCAUGUAUUUCACUUAUUCUGAAAGGGGGGGAAGAAUUGCGAUGUAAAGAUACUUUCUAAGAUGAUUGCCUGCCGUUUUGAGUCAGUCCUUCCCUCGAUUAUCUCUACAUAUCUGUCACGUACGUUAAGGAACGGGACAGACCAAGGUGCAGCGUGAACGGCGAACAUGUUUAUUAACUAAUAAACACACGAAACAGUAACCAAAACAACAAACUUAACCGUGACGGUCCAAAGGCUAACAUACAAGCCUAAACAUGAACAUAACAAAACGCAGGCAGGAAAACUGGUUGCCUAAGUAUGAACCCCAAUCAGAGACAACGAGUGACAGCUGCCUCUGAUUGGGAACCACACCCGGCCAAACAUAGAAAUACAAACCUAGAAUAUAUUCACACCCUGACCAAACUAGCUAGAGUUCUAUAGGCCAGGGCGUGACAGUACCCCUGGCUUGGUGCGAGGAGCAGGGACAGGCCGGUCCGGACUGGCGACGCGCACCACUGGCUUGGUGUGAGGAGCAGGAACAGGCUGGGCCAGACUGGCGACACGCACCACCGGCUUGGUGCGAGGAGCAGGAACAGGCCGGGCCGGACUGGCGACGCGCACCACCAGCUUGGUACGAGGAGCAGGAACAGGCCGGGCCGGACUAGCGACGCGCACCACCGGCUUGGUGCGAGGAGCAGGAACAGGCCGGGCCGGACUGGCGACGCGCAACACCGGCUUGGUGCGAGGAGCAGGAACAGGCCGGGCCGGACUGGCGACGCGCACCACCGGCUUGGUGCAAGGAGCAGGAACAGGCCGGGCUGGACUGGGAACACGCACCACUGGCUUGGUGCGGGGAGCAGGUACGGGGCGUACCGGACUGGGAACCGGCGCUGGAGGUCUAUGACUGUCUCCGUCCUUUACACUCCGCGCCCCGUCCCGUGCGCGCCGUUACAGGCCGAAAUGGUUGACCUUGGAGAGCUCAUCCUGUGGCUCCACCUCCUUAACUGCCUUACUCUGCUCAAAACUUGCAUUAGCUGAGCCUGUUUCCAAAUACACUAAAAACCCCACUGUGAAACGUUCUCUAAAAAUCUGGAAACAGUUCAGGCGAUCAUUUGGUCUCAGUGAAUUUUCAACUUCUGUCCCAUUAUUAAAGAACCAUACAUUCUCUCCGUCAUUAUUAGACUGGGCGUUUCAUAUCGGGUCUGGAAAAGGGAUCUCCUCACUGAACAACUUGUACAUUGAUAUGGAUUUUGUAUCUUUUGUACAGUUAGUACAAAAGUUCAAUAUUCCUAGAUGCCAUUUCUUUAGAUACCUGUAAUUGCGUAGUUUUGUAUCUUCAUACUCUAGUUACUUCCCAUCAUGCCCACCUACCUCCCUUCUAGAUUCUAUUUCUAAAGUGAACCCUUAUAUCAAAGGGGGCAUAAGCUUGAUCUAUACGUUAUUAAACUCGCACAUUCUGGAUUUCCUGAACUCUCUUAAGAACCAAUGGGAAGAGGAUUUAGGUGAACAACUUUCAGAUAAAACUUGUCAGAGUAUGCUUCAGAGAAUACAAUCUUCAUCUAUAUAUCUAAGACAUGCUGUAAUUAAAUUGGUCAAAGGCAAAAUUAUCCAAGAUUAGACCAGAAAUAGAUCCCACUUGUGACCAAUGUAAGCAGGCUCCUGCUACUUUAUUACACGUUUUGGACAUGCCCGAAAUUGACAGAUUUAUGGAUAUCCGUUUUUGAGACGUUUUCUAAGAUACUGGCGAGACCUAUCGAACCUUCUGCCUUUUUUUUAUUUAUUAUUUUUUUUUUUUUUAGGGGGGAUGGAUCAGCUUAAUAUUGCAGAUAGAUUGUAUCUUCUAUCAAUGUAAUUGUCUGCAUCACUUCCAAUCCCCCAUGUUUUUUUUAUUUUUUAUAUAUAUAUUCCCCUUUAUUACUUUUCAACCCCACCAUCCUUUCCCUACUUGGAGUAAAUUAGUGAACAACAACGCCCAGGCCUCUACUUCCGGUCUAUACUUACUAUCUACACCUUAUGGACAGAGUUAAUUUUACAAUAAUUCUAUAUCUAUAUAUAUAUAUUUAUUUAUUUUUUUGCUCCUGAACUUCUUCUACUCUCAACCUCUCCGAUCAUUUUCAUGAUGUCCAUCCGGUUUGCUUCUAAAUGCCAUAUCUUUCUAACUGUGCUCUUUCCCAAAAGCUCCCAACAUACAACCUAUAUACUUAUUAUGGACACAGUAUGCUUACAUUAUUAGCUAUCUUUGUUAUUAUUUGUUGUUAUUUGUUAUUAGUCCCAUCCUUCAACUCUAUUCAAUACCUCCCAUCUAUCUCUUAACACCAUCCAUAUAGGAUUUCUAUUUGCCAUAUAUAUUUCAACCGUACUGUGAUGUUUUACAAAAGUUUGAACCUUCUAUUCUCAUGCUUCUACAGAUUGUGAAUUAAAAAUAAACAUUUUUGCUAAAAGUAUUAUUAUAUUAUUGAUUGAUUGACUAUGACUUUUCAGAUCACCCAGUAAUGCUAUCUGCAAGGUUAGUUCCAGGUAAAUAUUGCAAUCCUUUAGCCAUUCCUGGACCUGUGUCCAAAAACAAGCUACAAAUGGACAGAACCAAAACAAAUGAUCUAAUGAUUCUAUCUCUUCACAGCAAAAUCUGCAGAGCUGGGAAGAUUGUAUCCCCCAUAUAAAUAACAUUCUAUUGGUAGCAAGAAUUUUAUAUAAUAAUUUAAAUUGAAAGAUUCUAAUUUUUGAAUCCGGUGUCGUUUUGCGUGUCAGUUCAUAAACACUAUGCCAUGGGAUCGGUACGUCAAAGAUCUCUUCCCAACUAUUUUGCAAUCUAUAUGGGACGGCUGUCAAUCCUUUGGUCCUUAAGUGAAACUGAUAUACUUUUUUAUUUAUCACAGUUUUCCUUAACCAAUUAUGUUCUUUAAUGCAAGGCCGACAGACAAGUUCCUUACUUUCUCCCCCUUCAACUUUCCUCUUCCACUUUUGCGGUAAGGCUGCAAUUAUUUGGUUGUAAUUCUGGGUAGAGCAGACAUUUCCAUAUGUUUUUGUUAGCUGCAUGUGCGACAUAACUCCACCAGUCCUACCGAUGAUAUCAUUUACGAAGAUUAUACCUUUUUUAAACAUUCUGUCAAAAAAUAAAGGUUUUUUGUCAAUUAGUAUAUUUGAAUUUAACCACAAUAUUUGUUGCAUUAUUUGUUCUGUCGUUUCUGGAGGAUUAAAUUGAAAUUGCAACCAACUUUCUAUGGCUUGUUUUAGAAAUAGUGACAUUUGGGAGAUUAUUUCCUUUUCAAAUAACUGAAAGUGAGAGGUUGUAAUCUGAAUAAAGAGAAAAAGGCCUUUCUUGACAGUGGGUGAGACAAUCUUACUAAUUUGCUUGAGAACCAGUUCGGAUUUAAGUAUAACUUUUGGAUGACUGAAGAUUUUAGUGAUAGGUCUAAUGCUUUAAUAUUUAAUAAUUUCUGUCCUCCGAAUUCAUAUUCAUUAUAUAAAUAUGCUCUUUUAAUUUUGUCUGGCUUGCCGUUCCAAAUAAAAUUGAAUAUUUUUUUCUCAUAUAAUUUAAAAAACUGUUUGCUAGGCGUAGGCAAGACCAUAAGCAAAUAGGUAAACUGGGAUAAUACUAAAGAGUUAAUCAGGGUGAUUUUUCCACAAAUUGACAGGUAUUUUCCUUUCCAUGGUAGUAAGAUCUUAUCUAUUUUUGCUAACUUUCUAUUAAAAUUUAUUGAAGUGAGAUCAUUUAUUUCCUUUGGGAUAUGUAUUCCGAGUAUAUCUACAUCACCAUCAGACCAUUUUAUUGGUAAACUACAUGGUAAUGUAAAAAUUGUAUUUUUUAGUGAUCCAAUACGUAAUAUAGUACAUUUGUCAUAAUUUGGUUUUAAUCCAGAGAGGUUAGAAAAUGUAUCUAGAUCCUCUAUGAGGCUGUGGAGGGAUUCUAGUUGUGGAUCUAAAAGAAAACAUGAAUCAUCUGCGUACAAUGACACCUUUGUUUUUAAGCCCUGUAUUUCUAAUCCUCUGAUAUUAUUAUUGGAUCUGAUUUUAAUAGCUAACAUCUCGAUGGCCACAAUAAAUAGAUAUGCCGAUAGUGGACAACCUUGUUUCACUCCUCUUGACAGUUUAAAACUUUCUGAGAAAUAGCCAUUAUUUACUAUUUUACACCUAGGGUUACUAUACAUGAUUUUGACCCAUUUUAUAAGAGAUUCUCCAAAAUUGAAAUGCUCCAGGCAUUUAUAUAUAAAUUCCAGUCGAACUUUAUCAAAUGCCUUUUCGAAGUCUGCUAUGAAUAGCAGGCCUGGUUUCCCAUAUGUUUCAUAGUGUUCUAUUGUUUCCAAUACUUGCCUUAUAUUAUCUCCAAUGUAUCUUCCAUGUAAAAAACCUGUCUGAUUAGAAUGAAUAAUAUCCGACAAUACCUUUUUAAUUCUAUGCGCUAUACAUUUUGCUAGGAUCUUUGCAUCACAACACUGAAGUGUAAGUGGCCUCCAAUUUUGUAAAUGGACUGGAUCUUUAUAUUUUCCACUUGUAUCCUGUUUCAGUAAUAAUGAGAUCAGACCUUCUUCUUGAGUGUCAGAUAAUCUACCAUUUACAUAGGAGUGGUUAAAACAUGCUAAUAACGGUCCUCUUAGUAUAUCAAAAAAGGUUUGGUAUACCUCGAUUGGUAUGCCAUCCAACCCUGGAGUUUUCCCGGACUUAAAGUCUUUAAUUGCAUCCAGAAGUUCCUCCUCUGUAAUUUCACCUUCACAUGAGUCUUUCUGUGUGGCUGUUAAUUUGACAUUAUCAAUAGAAAAAAAAUCUCUACAAUUAGCUUCAGUUAGAGGAGAUGGAGGCGACUGAAAAGAAAACAUAUGCUUAAAAUACUUUGUUUCUUCCUUCAAAAUAUCAUUAGGUGAAUUAUGGGUGACUCCGUCAAUUGUAACCAGUUUCAUUAAGUUCUUUUUGGUAGCAUUCCUAUGUUGAAGAUUAAAAAAGAAUUUUGUGCAUUUUUCCCCAUAUUCCAUCCAGUUUGCUUUAUUUUUAUAAUAUAUUACACUUGAUCUUUCUUGAAUAAGUUUUUCCAUUUCUUUUUGUUUUUCCUCUAAUUUAUUCUGAGCCUCUAUGUUACAGUUUUUAUUGCCAUCUAUCUGUUCUGUUAGACUUUCUAUUUCCUUUCUUAGUAUAAACUCUUUUGACCUAAAUUGCUUUUGUUUUCGAGAUGAGUACUGAAUUGCAUGGCCUCUAAAGGCACAUUUAAAGGUGUCCCAUACAAUAAGGGGAUUCGCUGUACCUAUGUUAUGUUGGAAAAAGUCAGUUAUAAAUUCCUUUGUUCUAAUUAUAAAUAAAUUAUCAUCUAAUAGGCUUUGAUUAAAUUUCCAAUAUCCUCGCCCACGUGGAAAUUCAGUCAGAGUAAUGUAUAUGCCUAUUAUAUGAUGGUCCGACCGCAUUCUGUCCCCUAUCAACACUUUUUUUACUUUUGGUGCCAACGAGAAUGAGAUAAGAAAGAAGUCAAGACGACUAGCUUGAUUCAGUCUCCGCCAUGUAUAUCUCACUAGAUCAGCAUAUUUAAGCCUCCAUAUAUCUACUAGUUCUAAUGUAUCCAUGACAUUCACAAUUUCCUUAAGAGCAUGUGGGUGAUUGUUUGUGGUGUGAUUUCCUUUUCGGUCCAUUGAGCUAUUUAAAACAGUAUUAUAAUCCCCCACCAUAAUAAUAUUGUCUUGAGUUGCUUGCAGGCUUGAUAAUUUAUUAUAUAUAUUGUCAAAGAAUUGUGGAUCAUCAUUAUUUGGUCCGUAAAGGUUAAUGAGCCAUAUCUGUUUAUGGUCCAAUACCAUAUUUAAAAUAAUCCAUCUACCUUGCGUAUCUAUUUGGACAAUUUGCACAUUCGGAUCGAAAUUACUAUUACUUAAUAUCAUCACCCCUUUUGAAUUUCUUUGCCCAUGGGAGAAGUAUAUUUCCCCCCCCCAUUCUUUUUUCCACACUACUUCAUCUCGAAUUGUUGAAUGAGUUUCCUGUAUACAAUAGAUAUUAUAUUCCUUCUCUUUGAGCCAUGUAAAUAUUGUUCUUCUUUUGUUAUUAUCAGCUAAGCCAUUACAAUUAUAACUGGCUAUACUUAUUUCACCAUACACCAUAAUGAGAUACAAGUUUCAAGUCUAUUUAUCAUUAUAUAUGUUUGUAAAUUUACCAAUAAAAAAUAGCGUAAUGAUUGGGUGUCCAUAUAGCUGUACCGUGAUAUUUGCAUUGCUACGGAGUAACCCUUCAAUUGUUCUCCACUAAUUCCCCCGCUAAAGCCCCUCCCCAUCCCAAGUUGAGCCGUCAUCCCAGUGAUCAGCAUCCCACCCACGUCCCUCCGUAUCCCUAAGGCCCCGAGAGGCCAGGACCCAUCCAUCGAAAACAGCACACAGUGCCACCCACAAAACAGAAGCAGGUUAACCGCCAAAAGCAUUUCCAAUGCUUUCACCUCUAUAUAUAUAUAUCUAUAUAACUAUUAUUAUUUUUUAAAUUAUGCAUAUCCUAUUUUCCAUCAUUAUCAAUUAAUAUGCGUAAUAAUGUCGGCAGUUCACGCAUAGGAUUCUAACAUAUAACCAGGAUUGCCAUUGUAUUACAUUUAAUUCAUUGACAAGCAAUUAUUAUCCGAGCAAAUAAUUCCCGCGGUCCAUCCCAUACCCCCCCCCCAACACCCCCCCCCCCCCCCUCCCCCCCCCCCACAACAGAUGCCAGACAAGCACACACGCACAUACUCACAUACUCCAACACACUCAACCCCCCUCCUCCACAAUCCACCAUAAAAUCCGAUACUCAACGGCUGUUAUAUCCCAGAGCCCAACUCGAGAAAUAACUUGAUCUACGAGUGCACAUACAGUUAAAGCUGAUUGAGAAAGCAUGCAGAUUGAGCAGAAAUUGAUAACAAUGUGAGAUUUGAUUAAUCUACUUAAUCUAUGUCAAGUCCUAGGUGAUGGAGAUCAGAUCCACCCUCUUCACCUGAGACACAAACACUCUGAUCCCCUGUUGUAACCAUUUUCCCAAGCAUCUCCAUGCGGUCAGACCUUUGAUUAUUUUGUGCCACCUGGGCCACAAUGAUAAACCCCCUCUCUGAUUGUCCGAGUGUGACCCCCUCCCCAUGGGUUACUGCAGCCAGUGUUGCCAGCACUGCCACUACCUGGGUGGGCGUACCCCACCGGAAUCCCCACCGGCUAGGUAAAAGGUCGUCAAGGUUCUCAUUAGCAGCUUUGAGAAUUUCCUUGUAUAUUAUGCUCUCCCAUCAAGGGGCUCUGGCUUUGUAGGACCAACCCUGCCAGGCAGGCUCAGAAUCUUGAGGGGGCGGUGCUGCUCAAGUAGGUCUCUGACCGCAUUUAUUUCUCUGUUUAGGCUGCAUAUUCACAGCAGGUCCAUAAAAUAGAUGGGAACUUCUCUUUGGUGUAUGGGUCGCUCAGGUGGGUGUCCAGGUUAUAGGGUUAGGGAUCUUUCCAUCAUGAUAGGACAAUGAAUAAUUAGAUUAGAUGUAUACUAUAUUUAAAAAUGUAUAUCCCUCAUCUACACAAAAUUGAAAGCUCUCUCUCUCUCACUACCCCUGUUCAUAGACCCCCGGUCGGCUCUGGGAUAUGCAACCAUUUCCCCUCUCACUCACUUAACGCCGCACCUUUUCAAACACAAAAAUGCACACCACAUGGUUGACUGCGGAAGAAAUGGGCCGAGCGUGCAAACGCACCCGCAUCCACAUCUGCUGCAAGGGGGAAAGGACGCCAGAGAGAACACAGGACCAACCACAACAACCAUCCGCCAAAACAACAACCUCCCGCCAAAAAAUCCAUGUUCUAAUUAUUUGUAUAUAAAGAUGUAUUAUUCUGCUUGUUAUAUCGUUUUAUCCAUUUAUAAAAUACUAUACUUACUAUAAAAUGUUAUUUAAUAUUACAAUCCCUAUCAUUGCUAGUAUCAGGUGCUCCAAUAUUUGACUCCUCUAUUACAACUUUUAGAAUAGCCAUGGAGUUGUCUUUGUGUCUCUGAACAUUUGGUUGUCAAUAUAUAAUUUAUCCACCACUAGUGCAACACGUUUCCCUUUUAAUCUGUUUUCCUUGAAGAUUGGAUACAGAACUUUGCGCCUUUCUACAAUCUCCUUCGGGAACUGAUCAUUCAUGCCUAUUUUCGUGCCAGCAAGUCUUUUUCCCAGGCUUUUCACCAUAGCUUUGUCCUUAAAAAAAGCAAAUUUGGCAACGAUUGGGCGCUCAUAUUUCUGUCCUCUUUUUCCGAAACGAUGUACACGUUCGAGUUGGAUUUUAUCGACAGCCUCGAGUGGGAUUUGUAGCGCUGUAUGCAGGAAGUCCUUCAUAAUAUUCUCUGUUAUUUCUCCCUCCUUUUCCUGAAUACCCGUAAGUACUAGAUUUUCCCUCAUCGAUCUAGUUUGGAUGUCUAGUAAGGCUUCUCUCAGAAGAUUGUUCUCCUUUUUUAAUUCCCUAACGUCCGUUUCCAUUUUAGAGACUGUCACUUUUAUUUCUUUGGUUUCUUUCUCCAUUACCAAAGCUUUUUCGUCACUCAUUUGAAGACUCGCUUUCAACUCUUUUACGUCUUUACUGACCAAUUCUAAUAUGCCCAAUUUGUCAUUUAUCGACUUCAACAGGUCGCUUUCCACACUUACCAUACCCAGUGGUGAAAAGCAUAUAUCAUCUGUAUCUGUCGAUGAAUCGCGUUUCCUUUUGGGGAUCGGCUCUCCACGCUUGUCUUCAGUCAUGUUUGGGUGUUGCUUGUUGUAGUAAUAUUUGUCGAUAUAUUUCUCUAGCCUUAUGAUCUUAUUUCUGUUAUUAUCCAGAUUGAAUUAUAUUAACUGCGAAUAUAUGAAAUGCUAAUAUUUAGUCUAACUUACUGAUUUUGAAUAUUAUGUUUUUAUCUUGAGGUGUUUUGUACCGAUUUCUAUUCAAUACGCCAUCUUGUUUACGCGUGCCCCGCCCCUGAUCUUUCGGUUACUGGCCCAAUGUUGAACCUUCUGCCUUUAUUGCAUUGUUCGGAGUGGCACCACAGGAGGCCCCUCUAAACAGUUCUAUGGGCAACAUGCUGGCAUUUACUACUCUUCUAGCUAGACGUCUUAUACUAUUUAAGUGUAAGGAUCAGUUUCCUCCUACUUUUAACCAUUGGAUAAAGGAAGUUAUGCAACAUCUCAAGCUAGAGAAAAUACACCACUCUGUUAAGGGAUCUUCAAUUACAUUUUAUAAUAUCUGGCAACCUUUCCUAUCCUUUGUAGAAGACAUGGACUCAGCUAAUUUCACAACUCCAUAAACCAACCCAAAUUAGAAUUUGUAUCAUUAUUUUUACUAUUUCUUUAACGUUUUGUUUUAUAAUAUAUAUAUAUAUUUUUUUACUAUUUGAUUAUAUUACUCAUUGUAUAUCAUGCCUGCUUUAAGUCUGGUUUUGGGGUGGGGCUCUGUUAGAGCAUGGGGGGUUGGGGUGGGUUUGAUUUGGUAGGGGAUCUGUGUGUGUUCUGCCCUCUACUUGUUCUGUCUGUUAUCUGUAUAAUCAUAAAAAAUGCCAAAUAAAAAUACCUUAAAAAAGAAAGAAAGAAAGAAAAUAUAUUUUUACCUUCUGAAAAUACCUCAUCUUUUGAGACAACUGAUGCAUCCUCUCCUUCAGUGUCGAACUAAGCAUGUAAUUGCAUUGACAGUCAUUUAUCUACAAGUAAUUCUGCAUGCUGAGCAACCCCAGGCAAUAUCAGUAGCCUAGUCAAACAUCUGCACGCCUUCAGCGUUCAAAUGCUUGUAAAAUAGCUUGCGCAAUAUUAGGCUUUAUUAGUUGAGGGACAACCAAUGUAAUUUGCUAGGUUAUUGUUAUCAAAUGCGCUUCUGAAAAUUGUGUUUUACCAGGGAAAAAGUAAGUGUACUACCGGAGACACAACUCUCAUCUGGCUAUAGCCUAGCUGCUGUUUGGUUAUUAGCCCUACAUUGGAUUUUAUUUCGAUUGUUCAGGUUCACCAUCAGCAAUUGGUACACAGCAAAUUCUCCAGUGUUCAAUCAACACUGAGAGUGUUACAUUUAAUACGGGUCCACACUUUUCAGUGUUAAAUUAACACACUGCUUAGUGUAAAUACUUUUUUGCAUAUUUCCCAGAGUGCCUGGCCUUUUGAGUGAAUUGUAGAGUUACCACUUAUGACUGUAUUUGUUAGUGACAGAAACAUGUUUUUUGCAGUCAUCCAUUUUCAGUUCUGUGUCCUUCACCAAGUGAGAUCCCAAGUGAAUAUGUCAUCAUUAAAAUGUAAAUCUUUAACACAAUAUGUAUUUCAUAAGGCCUUCUUUUUAGGGCCUAGUUUUACCCAGUGAUUGGAAACAAAGCUUCCUGAAGCAUUGAGGCUUUCCAGCCAAUUGUGUUGAAAAUAGGUUCAUUACUCGGAGCUUCAUUAUCCGUUCACAAUGCACAUUAGUGACAUCUGCUGGUCAACAAUAAAUAGCAACGUGAUUAACAUUUACAUUUUAGUCAUUUAGCAGACGCUCUUAUCCAGAGCGACUUACAGUUAGUGAGUGCAUACAUUUUCAUACUGGCCCCCCGUGGGAAUCGAACCCACAACCCUGGCAUUGCAAACGCCAUGCUCUACCAACUGAGCUACACGGGGCAAUUCCCUACCUUCUGGCUGUCCUGCAGUAACUCACUUUGAGGGAAGUAGCUAUAGUGUAGCUAAUAUCAGGCCAGGGUGACAGGCAGCUAAAGCACAUUUGUUGAUUUUGUAGUCCGGUAAAAACUGAAUGAUUCUUAAGACAAGUCCCAACUUCGACAGACAAGUUUCACAUUCUCACUGAAGUUUCUAGCCACAAGCAUAAACUAGUUAGCUGGGGAGGGCUCGUCAGGACAACUGACUGAACCGAAUCCACCCACUCAACUCUCGCUGCCCGACAUACGUUAUCAAUUUUGGGCACAAGGUGUGUCUGUAUAACCUCUCCCUGUUUAUCAUUGGUGAAACUAUGAGCUUUGCAGCAAUGCAGUCAUUAUAUAGUGUUAAUAAAAUUUACCUAAGUAAUACUGGUCAUUUACUUGAAGAAAAUUAAAGUAACUGCAUGUACAAGAAGAGAAAGUUUCUUUCUUUCUCCACUGAUUUUAUCAAAACUUCGUGGAGCAGCAGUAAGUCAUUGGCUUUAAUAGCCUACAAUCAGUUGGAUUACCAGGUUUGCAUCUUACAUCAUGCUUCCCUUUUUUACCUUCAAGUUUACUAUCAAAAACGGAAUCUAUGGCAUUAUUUAGGAUGCUUAAGAAAUAAGCUUAUACUAUACUGUACUGAAUGAAAAUAUAAACGCAACAUGCAACAAUUUCUAAGAUUUUACUGAGUUACAGUUCAUAUAAGGAAAUCAGUCAAUUGAAAUAAAUAAAUUAGGCCCUAAUCUAUGGAUUUCACAUGACAGGGAAUAUAGAUAUGCAUCGGUUGGUCACAGGUACCUUAAAAAAAUGUGUAGGGCCGUGGAUCAGAAAACCAGCCAGUAUCUGGUGUGACCACCAUUUGUCUCAUGCAACACGACACAUCUCCUUAGCAUAGAGUUGAUCAGGCUGUUGAUUGUGGCCUAUGGAAUGUUGUCCCACUCCUCUUCAAUGGCUGUGCAAAGUUGCUGGAUAUUGGCGCGAACUGGAACACGCUGUCGUACACGUCGAUCCAGAGCAUCUGAAACAUGCUCAAUGGGUGACAUGUCUGGUGAGUGUGCAGGCCAUGGAAGAACUGGGACAUUUUCAGCUUCCAUUAAUUGGGUACAGAUCCUUGCGACAUGGAGCCGUGCAUUAUCUGUCACGCCCUGACUCUGGGGACUCUUAUUUGUUGAGUCAGGGUGUGAUUUUCUAUGUUGUAUUUUCUAUGUUUAGUCUAGUAUGUCUAGAUCUAUGUUGGCCGUGUGGUUCCCAAUCAGAGGCAGCUGUCGCUCGUUGUCUCUGAUUGGGGACCAUACUUAGGCAGCCUAUUGGCACUAGUGGGUUGUGGGAUCUUGUUCCGUGUAAGGUAUGUUUUGUGUUCUACCUUGGACUUCACGUUUCGUUUCGUUUGUUGUUUUGUCGUGUUGUUUAUUCGGUUCAAAUAAACAUGUACGCAUAUCACGCUGCGCCUUGGUCCGUCCCGUCUAUGAACGAACGUGACAGAAGAUCCCACCAAACGAGGACCAAGCAGCGUGUCCAGGAGCAGACAGCCUGGACCUGGGAGGAGAUCCUGGACGGUAAGGGAUCCUGGACUUGGGAGGAGAUUCAGGCUGGGAUGGAUCGCCGUCCUUGGGAGGAGACAGUGGAGGCCCGGUAUAGAGAGGAGAAACGGCGGCAACAGUGCCGACGACGGAGACCCGAGAGGCAACCCCAAGAAAAAAUUUGGGGGGGGCACACGGUGUGGACGAUGAGGCAGCAGGAGGCCGUUAAAGGGCGGGUCUGCAGGUUAGGAGAGGAGGCCACCAUGUUACGGGGGCUAUUGGUUCAGAGGGAGCAGGAGUUAUUCGGUCAGAGGGAGACGCUACAGGAGGCUAAAAGGGAGAAGGAAAGUUUAGAGGCACGGCGAGAGGAGCUGGUUAGGCAGCAGAAGGAGCAGGGGUUAAUAAAGGAACACAGUCCCGCUCCUCCCACCAAGCAAGUGGUGCGUGUCGCCAGUCCGGUCCGGCCCGUUCCUGCUCCCCGCACUAAGCCAGUGGGGCAUGUUCCCAGUACGGCCCGACCCGUUCCUGCUCCUCGCACCAAGCCAGUGGUGUGCGUCGCCAGCCCGGCCCGGCCUGUUCCUGCCCCUCGCACCAAGCCAGUGGUGCGUGUCGCCAGCCCGGUCCGGCCUGUUCCUGCCCCUCGCACCAAGCCAGUGGUGCGCGUCGCCAGCCCGGCCCGGCCUGUUCCUGACCCUCGCCCCAAGCCAGUGGUGCGUGUGUCCAGUCCGGCACGGCCCGUGCCUGUUCCACCGGUGCCUGGUCUGGCACCGGUCAGCUGCUCCACUCCGGAGCCAGAGCAGUCUGCUCCACCGGUGCCCAGUUCAGCUCCGGUCAGCUGCUCCACUCCGGAGCAGUCCGCUCCACCGGUGCCUGAUCCAGCUCCGGUCAGCUGCUCCAGUCCGGAGCCAGAGCAGUCCACUCCACCGGGGUCUAGUCCAGCUCCGGUCAGCGGCUCCACUCUGGAGCCAGAGCAGUCCGCUCCACCAGUGCCUGAUCCAGCUCCAGUCAGCGGCUCCACUCCGGAGCCAGAGCAGUCCGCUCCACCGGGGUCCAGUCCAGAUCCGGUCUGCGGCUCCACUCCGGAGCCAGAGCAGUCCGCUCCACCGUUGCCCAGUCCAACUCCGGUCAGCGGCUCCAGUCAGGAGCCUGAGUAGUCCGCUCCACCAGUGCCCGGUCCAGCUCCGAUCAGCGGCUCCAGUCCAGACCCAGACGUCAGCCCCUCUCCAGGUUCGGGGUCUCCCACACCAGGGUCCAGACAGGGCUUGGAGUAUUGUGGGAGGAAGGAGAGGGGAAGCAGCGCGCCGAGGUCCAGACCAGACCAGGGGCAUAACAGGGAGGCGGAGAAUAGGUGGUUGUCACGCCCGGAGCCUGAUCCGCCUCAUAGGCUCUGGGGACUCUUAUUUGUUGAGUCAGGGUGUGAUUUUCUAUGUUGUAUUUUCUAUGUUUAGUCUAGUAUGUCUAGAUCUAUGUUGGCCGUGUGGUUCCCAAUCAGAGGCAGCUGUCGCUCGUUGUCUCUGAUUGGGGACCAUACUUAGGCAGCCUAUUGGCACUAGUGGGUUGUGGGAUCUUGUUCCGUGUAAGGUAUGUUUUGUGUUCUACCUUGGACUUCACGUUUUGUUUCGUUUGUUGUUUUGUCGUGUUGUUUAUUCGGUUCAAAGAAACAUGUACGCAUAUCACGCUGCGCCUUGGUCCGUCCCGUCUAUGAACGAACGUGACAUUAUCAUGCUGAAACAUGAGGUGAUGGUGGCAGAUAAAUGUCACGACAAUGGGCCUCAGGAUCUCGUCACGGUAUCUCUGUGCAUUCAAAUAGACAUCGAUAAAAUGCAAUUAUGUUCAUUGUCUGUAGCUUAUGCCUGCCCAUACCAUAACCCCACAGCCACCAUGGGGCACUCUGUUCACAAAGUUGACAUUAGCAAACCGCUCGCCCACACGACGCCAUACACGUGGUCUGCGGUCGUGAGGCCGGUUGGACGUAACGCCAAAUUCUCUAAAACGAUGUUGGAACCAGCUUAUGGUAGCGAAAUGAACAUUACAUUCUCUGGCAACAGCUCUGGUGGACAUACCUGCAGUCAGCAUGCCAAUUGCAUGCUGCCUCAAAACUUGAGACAUCUGUGGCAUUAUGUUGUGUGACAUAAAUGCACAUUUUAGAGUGGCCUUUUAUUGUCCCCAGCACAAGGUGCACCUGUGUAAUGGAUAAGGAAAUUAGAAAUGCUCACUAACAGGGAUGUAAACAAAUUUGUACACACAUUUUGAGAGAAAUAAGCUUUUUUUGCGUAUGGAAAAUUUCUGUGAUGUUUUAUUUCAGCUCAUGAAACAUGGGACCAACACUUUACAUGUUGCAUUUAUGUCUUUGUUCAGUGUAAAUAAAACAAAUUAUUUGAACAACAGUGCAGAAAGUGUGGUUGGUGUUUGAAAGCAGCUUAAUCGAAGAAAGCACUGUAACCACAGCAAAAUCGGUGAGAUCUCGCAUUUAGCAACACACGGUUUGAAAAAGCAAGUGAUCAAGCGAAGCUUCAGAAGUCAUUGAUGACGUACUUCUGAUAAAGUGAUACACGCAUCGGCACACUGCUUCAAAGUUAGCUGCUAUAAAACGUAACAUCAAUUUGUAAGUCGCUCUGGAUAAGAGCGUCUGCUAAAUUACGUAAAUGUAAAAUGUAAAAUCACUAGUUAUAUCCUAUUACAGUGGCCUGAAACUCAUGGUUUACAGGCAACAUCAGGCCUGCAAGUCACAUUAUGCUGGCUUGCAAAGUGAUGUGUAAUUCCUAUUGGAAUCCAGCCGGAGUGGGGAUAUAUAACAUUAUUUAAAAAAUUGUCACCCACAACCUGCAUUCAGAAUGAUUGUCAGGUUGGGUAGACUAUGAGACUACAUAAAGUAUUAAAACCAUAAACAAAUUGGAUUCGUUUAGAAAAGUGUAUGUUAUUUAUAUUUGAGUAGCAUAAGAUUAAUUAAUCAAUCAAUGUUCAUGAAAAAACAUAUAUAAUGAAACAAACAAUUCUAAAAAUCAACCUGCAAUAGAGCAUUCUGGGAAAUGUGAUAAUGAUGGGCAUGGUUUUGGGUUAACACUGGUUAUUAACACCAACACCGGGGUUCUGUUACACCAAUGAGUGUUAAUUUAACAAGUACGGAGUUAAUUUAACACCUGAAUCGACACUAGAAAUGUUACACUGAAAAAUCAACACAUGCCAAUUUGCUGUGUAGUUUUUCUUUAAACAAUCAGUGUAUAGGGUCAUUUUUAGAUAUACAGGGUAAUGUUGAUCAUUUCAUAACGAAGACAGCAAUCACUUUCACGGUCGAAACCAUUUUAAGACGGGGGUGAAAUCCAAAGUUGUGCUAUAUAUUCAUUGGCUAUGUCAUAGCAAAUUUAUAUAACCCUUUUAAUCUGCAAAAAUUACAAGUUAAUUAGUGGGUGAUUGGUGAUUUCAGAUCAAAAGUGGGUGGACAAAAAAAAUACAUUCCUCCCCCUAAUCUGAUAGUGGGGUGGUGCAGUGCCUUGCAAAAGUAUUCAACCCCCUUGGCGUUUUUCCUAUUUUGUUGCAUUACAACCUGUAAUUUAAAUGGAUUUUUAUUUGGAUUUCAUGUAAUGGACAUACACAAAAUAGUCCAAAUUGGUGAAGUGAAAUGAAAGAAAUUACUUGUUUCAAAGAAUUCUAAAAAAUAAAUAAUGGAAAAGUGGUGCCAGCAAAUUUAUUCACCCCCUUUGCUAUGAAGCCCCUAAAUAAGAUAUGGUGCAACCAAUUACCUUCAGAAGUCAAAUAAUUAGUUAAAUAAAGUCCAACUAUGUGCCAUCUAAGUGUCAAAUAAUCUGUCACAUGAUCUCAGUAUACAGUUGAAGUCGGACGUUUACAUACACCUUAGCCAAAUACAUUUAAACUCAGUUUUUUACAAUUCCUGACAUUUAGUCCUAGUAAAAAUUCCCUGUAUUAGGUCAGUUAGUUUCUCUAUAGAAUGAUUUAUUUCAGCUUUUAUUUAUUUCAUCACAUUCCCAGUGGGUCAGAAGUUUACAUACACUCAAUUAGUAUAUGGUAGCAUUGCCUUUAAAUUGUUUAACUUGGGUCAAACGUUUCGGGUAGCCUUCCACAAGCUUCCCACAAUAAAUUGGGUGAAUUUUGGCCCAUUCCUCCUGACAGAGCUGGUGUAACUGAGUCAGGUUUGUAGGCCUCCUUGCUCGCACAUGCUUUUUCAGUUCUGCCCACACAUUUUCUAUAGGAUUGAGGUCAGGGCUUUGUGAUGGCCACUCCAAUACCAUUUUUCCACAACUUUGGAAGUAUGCUUGGGGUCAUUGUCCAUUUGGAAGACCCAUUUGCGACCAAGCUUUAACUUCCUGACUGAUAUCUUCAGAUGUUGCUUCAAUAUAUCCACAUAAUUUUCCUUCCUCAUGACGCCAUCUAUUUUGUGAAGUGCACCAGUCCCUCCUGCCGCAAAGCACCCCCACAGCAUGAUGCUGCCACCCCGUGCUUCACGGUUGGGAUGGUGUUCUUCGGCUUGCAACAACCCCCUUUUUCCUCCAAACAUAACGAUGGUCAUUAUGGCCAAACAGUUCUAUUUUUGUUUCAUCAGACCAGAGGACAUAUCUCCAAAAAGUACAAUCUUUGUCCCCAUGUGCAGUUGCAAAACGUAGUCUGGCUUUUUUAUGGCAGUUUUGGAGCAGUGGCUUCUUCCUUGCUGAGCAGCCUUUCAGGUUAUGUCGAUAUAGGACUCGUUUUACUGUGGAUAUAGAUACUUUUGUACCUGUUUCCUCCAGAAUCUUCACAAGGUCCUUUGCUGUUGUUGUGGGAUUGAUCUGCACUUUUCGCACCAAAGUACGUUCAUCUCUAGGAGACAGAACACGUCUCCUUCCUGAGCGGUAUGAUGGCUGCGUGGUCCCAUGGUGUUUAUACUUGCGUACUAUUGUUUGUACAGAUGAGCGUGGUACCUUCAGGCGUUUGGAAAUUGCUCCCAAGGAUGAACCAGAUUUGUGGAGGUCUACACAUUUUUUUCUGAGGUCUUGGCUGAUUUCUUUUGAUUUUCCCAUGAUGUCAAGCAAAGAGGCACUGAGUUUGAAGGUAGGCCUUGAAAUACUUCCACAGGUACACCUCUAAUUGACUAAAAUGAUGUCAAUUAGCCUAUCAGAAGCUUCUAAAGCCCUGACAUAAUUUUCUGGAAUUUUCUAAGCUGUUUAAAGGCACAGUCAACUUAGUGUAUGUAAACGUUUGACCCACUGGAAUUGUGAUACAGUGAAUUAUAAGUGAAAUAAUCUGUCUGUAAACAAUUGUUGGAAAAAUUACUUGUGUCAUGCACAAAGUAGAUGUCCUAACCGACUUGCCAAAACUAUAGUUUGGUUGAAAAACCAGUUUUAAUGACUCCAACGUAAGUGUAUGUAAACUUCCGACUUCAACUGUAUAUACACCUGUUCUGAAAGGCCCCAGAGUCUGCAACACCACUAAGCAAGGGGCACCACCAAGCAAGCGGCACCAUGAAGACCAAGGAGCUCUUCAAACAGGUCAGGGACAAAGUUGUGGAGAAGUACAGAUCAGGUUUGGGUUAUAAAAAUAUAUCCGAAACUUUGAACAGCCCACGGAGCACCAUUAUAUCCAUUAUUAAAAAAUUGAAAGAAUAUGGCACCAAAACAAACCUGCCAAGAUAGGGCCGCCCAACAAAACUCACGGACCAGGCAAGGAGGGCAUUAAUCAGAGAGGCAACAAAGAGACCAAAGAUAACCCUGAAGGAGCUGCAAAGCUCUACAGCGGAGAUUGGAGUAUCUGUCCAUAGGACCACUUUAAGCCGUACACUCCACAGAGCUGGGCUUUAAGGAAGAGUGGUCAGAAAAAAAGCCAUUGCUUAAAGAAAAAAAUAAGCAAACACCUUUGGUGUUCGCCAAAAGGCAUGUGGGUACUCUGGUCAAAUGAGACUAAAAUGUAGCUUUGGGUUUGCGCUAUGUCUGGCGCAAACCCAACACCUCUCAUCACCCCGAGAACACCAUCCCCACAGUGAAGCAUGGUGGUGGCAGCAUCAUGCUGUGGGGAUGUUUUUCAUCGGCAGGGACUGGGAAACAGGUCAGAAUUGAAGGAAUGACGGAUGGCUCUAAAUACAGGGAAAUCCUUGAGGGAAACCUGUUUCAGUCUUCCAGAGAUUUGAGACUGGGACAGAGGUUCACCUUCCAGCAGGAUAAUGACCCUAAGCAUACUGCUAAAGCAACACUUGAGUGGUUUAAGGGGAAACAUUUAAAUGUCUUGGAAUGGCCUAGUGAAAGCCCUCAAUCCAAUUGAGAAUCUGUGGUAUGACUUAAAGAUUGCUGUACACCAGCGGAACCCAUCCAACUUGAAGGAGCUGGAGCAGUUUUGACUUGAAGAAUGGGCCAAAAUCCCAGUGGCUAGAUGUGCCAAGCUUAUAGAGACAUACCCCAAGAUACUUGCUGCUGUAAUUGUUGCAAAAGAUGGCUCUACAAAGUAUUGACUUUGGGGGGGUGAAUAUAAAAAAUAUUUUGCAUCUUCAAAGUGGUAGGCAUGUUGUGUAAAUCAAAUGAUACAAACUCCCCAAAAAUCCAUUUGAAUUCCAGGUUGUAAGGCAACAAAAUAGGAAAAAUGCCAAGGGGGGUGAAUCCUUUCGGCAAGCCACUGUAGAUGCCCAGUCUCCCUUAUGGCUCAGCUCUGGUGCAUACAUACAACAUAGGCAUACUGUACACAUUUACAAACACACACACACACACACACACACACACACACACACACACACACACACAUACACAGAAGUCAGCUCAGACAGAUCCAGCUCAGAGGCCCAGCACUUGAGCUCCAUCAGCAGCAGAUUUUAAUUUAGAAUGGAAAAUGAAUGUGUUUAUGCAACAAAUGUUAAUGCAUCGCAUCAAACCGAAACGGAUCGAUUCGUUCCUCUUAUCAAACCGAAUCGCACCGAAUCGUUUCAUUCUAAAGCGUAUCGUUCCUGUAUCAUAUCGGAGCCCAUGUAUCUAUAUAGAUACGUAUCGGAUCGUCUUGAAAGGGAAAGAUGCACAUCUUCAUAUCAUAGGCUGUCUGUGUGUGUCAUUUCAGGUCUGUGAGCCCCUCUGUAGGUGUUCUGAGUGUGGGUUAUGAGAUGUGGUGGGUUGAUGUGAGGAGUUCUAUACCCCAUCACUGAGUCACAUAGUAUGACUAAUUCUCUAUGAGUCAACACGACUGUCUUUGGUCAAUACCACAUUGUCCUCUCUCUCUCUCUCUCUCCUCUCUCUCUCUCUCUCUCUCCCUUCUCUCUCCCUCUCUCUCUCCUCUUCCCUCUCUCUCUCCUCUCUCUCUCUCCUCUCUCCUCUCCCUCUCCUCGAUCUCCUCUCAUCUCUCUCUCUCUCUCUCUCUCUCUCUCGCUAUCUGUGUGUGUGUGUGUGUGUGUGUGCGUGCGUGUGUGUCUAGCCCCUGUGGUGGCGUAAUCCUAGGAUGAGCUGUCAGUUGACUACCCCAUCUGUUCCUCACACAUGGUGUUCAGGGAGACAGAAAUUAGUAUCUUUCGCUCAAUUUUCUCCAUCUUCCUUUUUCCUCAUUCACUGUUUGUUCUAUUCCACUUUUUUUCUGUCUUUAAUUCUUUUUUUAUUCCUCUCUCAGCUUUACUAUUAGUCAUUAUCAGCUACUACUUUACCUCCAUACAUACACACACACACACACUUUGCACUACUGCACGUGCCAGCUCCCCAUGCUGGUUACUAUAGCAACCCCUUGCGGGCACCUUGCCGGGAGUCUGAGUGUGUUUUCUCCUCCUCCAUCUCAAGCAGACAUUUCCUCCCCUACGUAUGUAUUUGGACAGUGAUGCUAAAAUGUUACAUUUCGCUCUAUGCUCCAGCAUUUUGGAUUUGAGAUCAAAUGUUUCAUACGAGGUGACAGUACACAAUGUCACCUUCUUUUUAGGCGAUUUUCAUACAUAUCUGAUUUACCGUUUAGAAAUGAAAGCACUUUAUAGAUCUAGUCCUCCCAUUUCAAGUUUGAAGUUUUAAUGUCAUGUGCACAAGUACAGUGAAAUGCCUUUUUUGCAAGCUCUAAACCAAAUAAUGCAGUAAUCAAUCACAAAAUAGCAAAAAUUUGACUAUGGCUUUCCUCCUGAUCAACGAACAGUAAAGCCAGGAGAUGUCCGUCUGUCCGUCCCUCCCUAGUUCCUCCCUAUAUCCUCCUUAGCAAUAUUUCAAUUUGUAUGCUCUUUUUCUCCUCCUUUUCCAAUUUCUAUCACUCAACUUCCCCCCCUCUACGUGUACCCCCCCCCCUCUCUUCCACUCCUCUUCUUCUCCCUCUUCCUCCAUUUUCCCUAGUGCCUCAGAUAAAACUGAAUGGAUGACCUUUCCUAGUGGGGUCACGUCCCACACACACACACAGACACACACACAUACUGCAGGUACCUCUGGGAGCUCUCCUGUGUAAGUGGUAUAGUUGGACUCAGUCCAGGAUUAAAUGGAGGGUGUGAAGUGCACAGUAGCUCUAUCCUCAGGCAGAGGCACACUCAGCUAACGAGUCAGGAGUGUGCUUGCAUGCGUUUCUGAUAUUUAUUUUUGUGUCUGAGUGUGUGUGUGUCUGUCUUAUGUGCAUUUGUAUGUGUGUGUGUGUGUGUGUGUGUGUGUAAACUGAUUUUCAGUGUGAGAGCGAUUUAAAGUAAAAUGGUUGAGUGAAAGGCUCUUUCCCUGUCACACCACCUCACCUCUCACUGUUACUAAUACACUAUAGAACACACUAUAGAGUCCAUCUCACCUCACUCUAUUAUAAACACACACACACACAUUCACUUGCAGGCUGCUGUUUGUAUCUAACUCUAUGUGUACCUCAGAUGGCAGAUGUGCGUGGGUUUUUCUUUAUACAGUAUGUACACUAUAUAUACAAAAGUAUGGGGACACCCCUUCAAAUUAGUGGAUUCGGCUAUUUCAGCCGCACCCGUUGCUGACAGGUGUAUAAAAUUGAGCACACCGCCAUUGCAAUCUCCAUAGACAAACAUUGGCAGUAGAAUUACCUUACUGAAGAGCUCAGUCACUUUCAACGUGGCACCGUCAUAGGAUGCCACUUUUCCAACAAGUCAGUUCGUAACAUUUCUGCCCUGCUAGAGCUGCCCCAGUCAACUGUACAUGCUGAUGCUGUUAUUGUGAAGAGGAAACAUCUAGGAUCAGCAACGGCUCAGCUGCAAAGUGGUAGACCACACAAGCGGCGAGUGCUGAAGCGCGAAGCGCGUAAAAAUCGUUUGUCCUCAGUUGCAACACUCACUACCGAGUUCCAAACUGCCUCUGAAAGCAACGUCAGAACAAGAACUGUUCGUUGGGAGCUUCAUGAAAUGGGUUUCCAUGGCCGAGCAGCCGCACACAAGCCUAAGAUCACCAUGCGCAAUACCAAGAACCGGCUGGAGUGGUGUAAAGCUCGCCACAAUUGGACUCUGGAGCAGUGGAAACUCGUUCUCUGGAGUGAUGAAUCAUGCUUCACCAUCUGGAAGUCCGAUGGAUGAAUCUGGGUUUGGCGGAUGACAGGAGAAUGCUGCCUGUUCAUUUUUACAUUUACAUUUUAGUCAUUUAGCGGACGCUCUUAUCCAGAGCGACUUACAGGAGCAAUUAGGGUUAAGUGCCUUGCUCAAGGGCACAUUAACGUCAUUUAGCAGACGCUCUUAGCCAGAGCGACUCGCAAAUUGGUGCGUUCACCCUGUAGCCAGUGGGAUAACCACUUUACAAUUUGGGGGGGGGGGGGGGGGGUUAGAAGGAACACUUUAUCCUAUCCCAGGUAUUCCUUAAAGAGGUGGGGUUUCAAAUGUCUCCGGAAGGUGGUGAGUGACUCCGCUGUCCUGGCGUCGUGAGGGAGCUUGUUCCACCAUUGGGGUGCCAGAGCAGCGAACAGUUUUGACUGGGCUGAGCGGGAGCUAUGCUUCCGCAGAGGAAGGGGAGCCAGCAGGCCAAUGCAUAGUGCCAAGUGUACAUUUUGGUGGAGAAGGAAUAAUGGUCUGGGGCUGUUUUUCAUGGUUCGGGCUACGCCCCUUAGUUCCAGUGAAGGGAAAUCUUAACGCUACAGCAGACAAUGACAUUCUAGACGAUUCUGUGCUUCCAACUUUGUUGCAACAGUUUGGGGAAGGCCCAUUCCUGUUUCAGCAUGACAAUACCCCCCGUGCACAAAGCAAGGUCCAUAAAGAAAUGGUUUGUCGAGAUCGGUGUGGAAGAACUUGACUGACCUGCACAGAGCCCUUACCUCAACCCCAUCGAACACCUUUGGGAUGAAUUGGAACGCUGACUGCGAGCCAGGCCUAAUCACCCAACAUAAGUGCCCGACCUCACUGCAGCAAUGUCCCUGCAGCAAUGUUACAAUAUCUAGUGGAAAGCCUUCCCGUAAGAGUGGAGGCUGUUAUAGCAGCAAAGGGGGGGCCAACUCCAUAUUAAUGCCCAUGAUUUUGGAUUGAGAUGUUCGACGAGCAGGUGUCCACAUACUUUUGGCCAUGUAGUGUAUCUCUCAUGAUUCAGUGAGUAUACCUUGUGGAAUAUUCAGAGAUUAAUAUGUGUGUUUCUUGUGUUGAAACAUCUGUCCAUUUCUGUAUCUAAAUCAAGUCAUCCUCUCUGUGUGUUCCCAGCUGAGACACCCAUUGAGGAGUUCACCCCAACACCAGCGUUCCCUGCCCUCCAGUACCUGGAGUCUGUUGACGUGGAGGGAGUGGCCUGGAGGGCAGGGCUUAGGACAGGAGACUUCCUCAUAGAGGUAACCACACCCUCUCUCUUCUCCAACCCCAUUGACUAGGCCCACUGCCUCUCAGCUCUCUGUCUGACCUCCAGCCGUGUGUGUGUGUGCAUGCGGGUUUGUGUGUUCCAGGUGCACGGGGUGAACGUGGUGAAGGUGGGCCAUAAGCAGGUGGUGUCUCUGAUCAGACAGGGGGGCAACAGCCUGCUGAUGAAGGUGGUCUCUGUCACACGCAAACCUGAGUCUGAGGAGGUGGUCCGCAAGAAAGGUGAGCAAUGUGUCAUAUAUUGAGUAUCUAUCACAGGAGGUUGGUGGCACCUUAAUUGGGGAGAACGGGCUUGUGGUAAUGACUGGAGCGAAAUAGGUGGAAUGGUAUCAAACACAUGGUUUCCAGGUGUUUGAUGCCAUUCCAUUUGCUCUGUUCCGGACAUUAUUAUGAGCCAUUCUCCCCUUAGCAGCCUCCUGUGGUAUCUAUGCUCCUGUGAUGGUAUCAUGUAUACAGUAUAUGGUCUUCUUGAGGGGACAGGGUGAAAAGUGGAACUUCCACUACAGCCUGUCCCUCAUUGCAGAUGUAAUCUACUCCUUCUCCAGUCCAGUGUGCAAUUAUUAGCUGCUCCAUGUAUUUGAUCUUUGGCAUAUAGCCAUUUGAUUCUUAAAUGACAACUUCUGUAUUAGUAUGUUGUCAUGGAUAUGGAAGUUGACACUAGCUGUAUGGAAGUAUUUGUGAAGGAUCUGUAUGUUCCCAUCACCAAGGUGAUUUCACCCCGUUGCCACACUGUAAAUUCAUGUGGUUUCCAUGUCAACGGCAUCUCAUCAUCCCUCUGCUAAACAUCUCCCACUCACUCCUGCUACUAUGACCUCGGGAAAGUGUGUGUGUGUGUGUGUGUGCGCGUGUGCGUGUGCAUGUGCAUGUGCAUGUGUGUAUUUGUGUGUGUGUCUCCUUGGGUGGGAGAGACAGAGACAGAUAGCUUUGACCUACUUCCAUCUGGACAGUAGAUAGCUGAUCUUAGUGCCAGUCUGCACCCCCCCCCCCCCCCCCCCCCCUCCUCUACACACACAUGCAUGCAUGAGAGAGAGAUAUAAAUGAAAGAGAGCAGCAGAGAGGUAGCUGUGAUAUGGAGGUCUUUGAGUAGUCAGUCAGUGAUUGGUGAUCUGUGAAACGUCUAGUCAUUACAAAUAUAUACGAGUCCUCUUGUCACUAGAGACAAUACACUGUUCCAUGUGGAACUGAACAUGACAGACCUGCUUUGCUGUUUUUUGCUGUUUUUUAAGGACGAUUUGCAUAUCCAGCAUGUUAUUUUUUCCAAGAGGUUCUACUUUUUCACUAGAAAUGUGGAAUAUUUCUCCUUCUAGUAAUGCUUUUGCAGGUGAGUGAACUAAUCUGAUCCUAUACAGUGGCAACAGUAUUAAACCUGAGUAUACUGAGCUGAUAGCACAGGAGGUUGGUGGCACCGUAAUUGGGGAAGAUGGGCUCGUGGUAAUGUUUGGAGCGGAAUAAGUGGAAUGGUAUCAAAUACAUCAAACACAUGGAAACCAUGUGUUUGAUUCCAUUCCAUUUACUCCGUUCCAGACAUUAUUAUGACCCAUCCUCCUCUCAGUAGCCUCCACUGGCUGAUAGUCCAUUCAUCCAGCUAAUUUGGAGAAAUGAGUUGGUUAUGAAGACGUUCAUCUUGGUCAUGAUGAAGUCCCCACAUUCUCUCAUCACACUAGAGGGCUCAGGUCAGGAGUUUACAACGUGUGUUGGGGGGUGAGACGGGGCAAUGGACAGGGCAGAGACAGUAGACAGAUCCGAGAGGUGUAACCACCCCAUGGGGUUCUACUGAGCUGGCUUUGCUCUGCCUGGCUGUUCUGUGAUGUUCUAAGCUGUUCUAAGUUGUGUUCAAUACUCUAACAGGCAGCACUUCUGCUCAAAGGGGACCUUCUCUGCAAUUUGUAACUCUGCAGAAACACUCUCACACACUCUCGCAAUCCCCCCCCCCCCCCCCCGUUCUCUAUCUAUCUCUCUCAAACACACACACACACUCUCACACACAACCCUCUGCGUCAAAACUUGCUACCGCCAUGGUAACCAUAGCAACCAUGCUGCGCUUGAAUUAAGCAUUGCAAUACACUUUCUCUAGCGCUCUCUCUAUCGCUCUCUUUCUUUCUUUCUCUCUCUCCAUACUUUACAUGAAUAUGCUGACCGGUGAUGAAGUGAUACGGUAUGGACUAGAUUAGAUCCAGAUCUAUAGCUGCUCAGUGUAGAAGCGUAGCCAGGCUGUGGUGGCAUCCAGAUGUUCUGCUGAUCUGUUUUUGCUCUCCACAGUGGUGCAUUGAAACGGGACUGGCUGGUCGAUAGUAUAUUGAAUGAGGUUUUGUGUUGUAUUGUGCAAAGACUGGAAGGUAUGCUUCUGUAUUUUAACACAGAUGAUACAGUGUGUUGAGUGGUGGGCUGCAGCAUGGAUUUCAUAGGCUGUGUGGUGUGAUUCUGUGCUGGUGUAUUUUAGCCUGUGAUCAUGUGUAGCUGCACAUGCCAUGUAGCACAGUGGGAGGUAAUGCAAUGUAGUAGUUGACGCUGUGAUGGCAUGGGCUACCUGUUUUGAGGGAUUGUAUUGUACAUUUUCUGCUGUUAUUUGGAUGUGGACUGGAUAGUGUAGUAAUAAUAUGUAGGUGUUUGGUAGUGGUUGUGGACUGGAUAGUGUAGUAAUAAUAUGUAGGUGUUUGGUAGUGGUUGUGGACUGGAUAGUGUAGUAAUAAUAUGUAGGUGUUUGGUAGUGGUUGUGGACUGGCGCAGCACUAAUAGUGAGCUGAUCUGUAAUAGUUAGUAGGCUAUACAAGGAUCCUCAGGGUUUUUGGAUGCUAGCGGAGAUGAGUGUAUACCGACUGGUGUGAGUGGUGUGCUGGUAGUGUAUCAAGGGAUUUCUGAGCUGUGGGAUCUACAAUUUUUUCCUCUGCCAAGGCCGCAUGGCACAAUGUACUCCCCACCGAAGUGUUCAGUGGGGUGGUGAGCGUGAGUGUGUUUGUGUGUGUGUGUGUGACGGAGGGAAAGUGAGAGGUACGAUGAAGAAGAAUGUGUCUACCCGCAGCCUGAACAAGUCGUCCAGCUUUCCGCAGGCUGACCAGGGAAAGACUGUGAAGACAGGAUGGAGCGUCCGGCUGGGCCACACUCGCAGGGCGCUGAGCAGCAGGGCCAAGGGGCCUUCCUCCUCACCCUCAACAUCAUCAUCUUCACCCUGCCUUUUCUCCACAGCUCCCCCGCCACCCAAAAGAGCCCCCAGCACCACCUUGACGCUGCGCUCCAAGUCCAUGACCACCGAACUGGAGGAACUGGGUGAGUGUGAGAACACAGAUGCAAACAUUCACACACAUAUGUCCCCACUCUCUCUGUCUCUCUCUCUCUCUCUCUCUCUCUCUCUCUCUCUCUCUCUCUCUCUCUCUCUCCCUGUCUCUCUCUCUCUCUCUCUCUCUGUCUCUCUCUCGCUCUCUGUCUCUGUCUUUCUGUCUCUGUUUCUCGCUGUCUCUCUCUCUCUCAUUCUCUCUCUCUCUCUCUCUCUCUCUCUUCUCUCUGUCUUUCUCUCGCUCUCUGUCUCUGUGUCUUUCUGUCUCUCUCUCUCUCUCUCUCUCCCUCUCUCUCUCUCUCGCUCUCUGUCUCUGUGUCUUUCUGUCUCUCUCUCUCUCUGUCUCUGUGUCUUUCUCUCUCUCUCUCUCUCGGUCUCUCUCUCUCUCUCUCUCUCUCUCUCUCUCUCUCUCUCUCUCUCUCUCUCUCUGUGUGUCUUUCUGUCUCUGUCUCUGUCUCUGUCUCUCUCUCUCUCUCUGUCUCUGUGUCUUUUUGUCUCUCAAUUCAAUUCAAUUUCAAUUUAAGGGCUUUAUUGGCAUGGGAAACGUAUGUUUACAUUGCAAAGCAAGUGAAGUAGAUAGUAAACAAAAGUCAAAAGUACAAAUGGGAAAAUAAAUAAACAUAAAUAUGGGUUGUAUUUACAAUGGUGUUUGUUCUUCACUGGUUGCCCUUUCUCUCUCUCUCUCUCUCUCUCUCUCUCUCUCUCUCUCUCUCUCUCUCUCUCUCUCUCUCUCUCUCUCUCUCUCUCUCUCUCUCUCUCUCUCUCUAUGUCUCUCUCUCUCACUCUCUCUCUGUGUAUUUAUGUCGCGCUCUCUCUCUCUCUCUUUCUCUCUGUCUCUGUGUCUUUCUCUCUCUCUCUCUCUCUCUCUCUCUCUCUCUCUCUCUCUCUCUCUCUCUCUCUCUCUCUCUUUCUCUCUUUCUCUCUCUCUCUGUGUUUUUCUCUCUCUAUCUCUCUCUCUAUUUCUCUCUGUGUCUGUGUCUUUGUCUCUCUCUCCCCUAUUCAUUUAACCUUUUUCAUAAAAAUAUGCUUCCUGCCUUAUCACAACUAUUUUGCUCUGACAGCAUAAUAUUUUCUCCUUAACUCUUGACAUGUCCUUUCUCUUUAACUCACUCACUCACUCACUCACUCUCUCACACACACACACACACACACAUCCUGACCCACAUUUUCUGUCCUCGUUGACAUUAUCUUUCUUUCACCAAGCUUCCGUUCGAAGGAGGAGAGGAGGUGAGUCUGUGGAGACCUGUUGAGGCAUCAUCACUGACACACUGUUCAUUAUGGAUGAAGCACCGGCACGGCGUGGGCACUGAGCUCUGAGUCAGUCAGUCAGUCAGAACCUGCUCCUCGAUCUUGAGGCUCCCAAAGAUAUGAGACUUAGAUGCUAUACACUGUGCCUCUGAUCCAGUGGAGGCUGCUGAGGGGAGAACGGCUUAUAAUAAUGGCUGGAACGGAGUGAAUGGAAUGGCAUCAAACCAUGUAUUUGAUACCAUUCCACUGAUUCCGCUCCAGCCAUUACCACGAGCCCGUCCUCCCCAAUUAAGGUGCCACCAACCUCCUGUGCUCUGAUCCGACAUAGUGAAGGUUUCUUUAGUUGUGUGAUAUGCAUUGUGUAAUUGUCAAUUAUAAAUGUAUUUGAACAUGUGUAGGCCUGCAUGGUUGUGUUGAUAUUGUGUGUAGAUGUGAUAUUUUAGUUUCUAGAUGUCUGAUAGGGACUAGGAGCUGUGCAUUGUUUGUAAACACUCACAAUGUGUCAUGUAGAAAGCAUCUUGGUCCAUACAUGCUGUGCAGCUGUAUUCAGACUGUGUGUUGUCUCUGUGAUCCUGUACAGAAAGGCUAGAUGAGAUGCUAGCUUCCCAGCCCACAGAGGCCGACUACAGAGCUGCUACUGUCAAACAGAGACCUACCGGCAGGAGAAUCACAUCAGCAGAGAUCAGUGUGAGUUCACACACACACACGUGCAGAAACACAGAUGCACACUCUCUCUCUCCCACACACACACACAAACAUACACAUCUGAACACACAUUCACACACACAGCCAUUCUGAAACAGAGACCUACAAGCCGCAGAGUAAUAUCAGCAUAUACACCCUCCCACACACUCACAUACCAUACAUACAGUUAUGUAUAAAAUAUGCAUCUGAAACCUUUUUGUGUGUGUGUUGCAGUCGCUGUUUGAGAGGCAGGGCAUGGCCCUACAUGGUGGGCUCCACCCAGGGAUGGAGAGGGCUCAUAUGCAGCUGCCUAGAGGGAUGUCCAGGACCAAGUCAUUUGGUAACACCUUUCACCUUUAGUACAGUACUCAGUCAAUAACUUGACAACUGUAGCGCAUCAUCUCUGUAUUGCUUUAGACUUUCUAUCUCUCUCUGACCUUUGCCCCCUGACCUCUCCAGGUGCAACUGAGGAGGACCGACUGUCGGCUUUGGCUGGAGAACACCAUUUCCCCCGGAGCUCUUCCAUGACGGACAGCCUCCGAGACCACUCCAACUCCCAUUCUAUCCCGCCCCCUCCCCAGACUGCCCCCCCUCCUCCCCCCUCCCUCUACUACCUGGACACUGGCCCUCCUCCCGCCUUCUGCCCCCCUCCUCCCCCUGCCAGGGGUCAUGGUCAGGGUCAUGACCCUGGAGGUCGUUCCAUCUUCAAGCCCUCCUCCCUGGACCUGGACCGGCCCUACGACCCAUCGCCCCGCCAGUCCUCCCAUGCCGAACGCCAGAAGAAGGCAAGGUCAAUGAUUAUUCUUCAAGACUCCUCCCACUUACCCGUGGAGCCCACCGACAUCCCCCGCCCCUCCGCCUCCGCUACACCACCCGAGCGAAUCAAACGGAAAGGCCGGGUGAUUGACAACCCGUACGCCAAUGUGGGCCAGUUUAGUAUUGGGUUGUACACACCCACCAAGCCCCAGCGCAAGAAGAGCCCUCUGGUGAAACAGCUACAGGUCGGUUAAGUUGUUUAUUUCUUUAUUCUGAUUAUUAGCUGUUACUUUAGCAAGUGAACAAAGUUUAUUUUGAAGUUUACGUUUCUAAUUUCUUGUCAUCUCUACCCCUCCAGGUGGAGGACGCUCAGGAGAGAGCCAGCAUCGCCUUGGCUGCCGCCCACUCCCGAGAGUCCUCCCCCUCAGGUCGACACACACACACCCACGGCCACACACACACCAGCCGGGCCGACUAUUACCAGCAGCAGCUGAUGGUGGAGCGCGAGCGUAUGCGUCUCCAAGGAGAGGCCCUGCUACAGGGGAAAGGGCCGUUCGCUGCCGCUAUCGCCGGCGCUGUGAAGGACCGAGAGCGCCGUCUAGAGGAGCGGAGGAAAUCAACAGUCUUCCUGUCGGUGGGGACCAUGGAGGGGGGGUCUGGGUCCGUCCCUGAGGCCCCCUCCUACACCACAUCUCGCUCCAUCGAUGAGCGCAUGCUCAGCAGAGAAAUGGGCCAGCUGCCGCCCCCUGCCCUGGCCCUGCGCCCCUCACCUGGCGGCACUACCUUCAUACACCCACUCACAGGGAAGCCCCUGGACCCUAACUCGCCCCUGGCUCUUGCGCUGGCCGCAAGGGAGCGGGCACUUACCUCCCAGACCCAGUCCCCCGCCAGCAGCCCUGAGCCCAGGACUAAACAGGACAGGGCUGGGGCUGGGGCUGGAGGUCAGGGGGCUUCGCUCUUCAUCGACAGCCAGACCAAAGAGCCUCAGCAUGGGGACGGGAGUCCGGGGUCGCCCCAGGCUAGUAAACCCCAGUGGGGAGCAUCCUCACCCGCAUUGCUUCGCCAGGAGAUGGAGGGAAGAGGAGAGGAGAGGAAGGAGGAGAGGAGAACGGAGGAUAAGAAAAGUAUGUUGAUUAGUAUCAUGGACACAUCACAGCAGAAGACGGCUGGACUAAUCAUGGUCCAUGCCACCACUAACUGCCAGGCAGUGGGGUUGGAACCAGGGCUGGAGCAGACCCCCACCUCCCCAGCCACCGAGCCCAGUAAACCCUCCCUCAGUCGGGUUCCAUCGCCCAGCCCCUCUGCCUCUCAGCCUCAGCCUCAGCCCCAGACCCAGCCGCAGCCCCAGGCCCAGCACCCCUCCAGCCCAGCCCACGCUCCCCUGGCCCAGGGCAGUUCAGAGGAAGAUGUGGAGCCCUACACAGUGAGCCUACCUCCAGCCAUGCUGUCCUCAAGUGAUGAGGAUACCAGAGAGGAGCUGAAGAAGAUCGGGGUACUCCCACCUCCAGAUGAGUUUGCCAACGGGUUGCUGGCCAAGGCACAGGCACUGGCACAAGCCCAAGCCCAGGGGACCCCUGUACCCCAGUCUAAAUCUGUCACCUCCCCCACAACACCUACCACCCAUACUCCCCUCACCCCUUCCACCACCACCACCCCAACCCCCAGCCUGACCCCCACCUCAAGCCUGACCCCCACCCAGCUCCAGGCCCCUCCUUUCCAGCCUUCCCCCGGAGGAGCAGUCGUCUCAGGGAAGCCAUCAGACCCGGACCAGACCCAUCCUCCAGCCCUGCUGGCUGAGUCUGGUUCAGCAGCAGACUCUGGUGUGGAGGAGCCAGACACACGCAGUUCCAGUGAGAGAGAGCGAGACCACCACCUGGAGACCACCAGCACCGUGUCCACCGUCUCCAGCAUGUCCACUCUGUCUUCGGAGAGUGGUGAGCCCGCCGACACACACACCUCUUACGCUGACGGGCAGACCUUUGUGCUCGACAAGCCACCAGUGCCUCCCAAGCCCAGGCUAAAGUCCCACAUCGGAGGCAGUAAAGGCCCGGUAACCUUCAGGGACCCGCUGCUGAAGCAGAGCUCUGACAGCGAGCUGUUAUCCCAGCAGCAGGCGGCUGCUCUUGCUGCAGCAGCGGCCGGAGGGGCAGGGCUGGGGCAUGGAGGCCUGGGGUCUGGAGGCCUGGGGUCAGGAGGCCUGGGGUCAGGCUCUAUAUCUGGUCUGGUGGGAGGCCCUGGGAGGCCCCGCUACCUCUUCCAGAGGAGGUCCAAGCUGUGGGGGGACCAGAUGGAGGCGCGAGGACCCGGGGUGGGGUUAGGGAUGGGGAGUCUUGGCAGUCUAGGGGGGUUGGGGUUGGGGCUAGGGCUGGGGAGUGAGGAGGGAGGCAAACCAUCGGUAAUGGGGGAACUGAGUUCCAGACUGCAGCAGCUGAAUAAGGAUACCAGGUCUCUGGGGGAGGAGGAGCCACUGGGGGCAUCGCUGGACCCUGGGAGGAAGUCCCCUGUGACAGGUGCCAGGUAA